AUGGCAACAGAAACUUCAGUAACCCCAGAAACUACAAAAAAAGAGGGAAAAGUCGUCGAAAAUGUAGUAGAAGACACAAUUAUUGAAGCAGAAGAACAGAAUUUUACUUUAGCAAUCAAUUUUCCACAUUUUCCUGGCAAGACUUAUGUCAUGGAGGAAGGCAUCACACAAGAUUGUGACUUGGAUCUCGUCGAAGAUCCCUAUACUGAACGUGAAGCUCGUAUUCACGUUAUCCAUGUGCGUGAAUUGCUUGCUGGACCGUUCAAACAAUCUACAUCUUCCGUUGGAAUAGAUCCAGGAUUAUCAUUUUUUACAGCAGUCACUGGCAUAAAUGCCGAAGAAAAUGGGAAAUCUAAAGAAGAUAGUGAAGUUCCAAAAACACCUUUUACUGAUUAUGACUUUACGGCUCCAUCUCUAUCAAAAUUUAUCCCAGAUAAUUUUGGUCGACACAAAAUUAAGUGUGUCGAGUCAUUAUACCUUUCUGGGUGGAAUCCUGUACCAUUUGAGCGUCGCCGACGAGGCGAUCUACUUUACUUAAUUGUGACAACUAUCGAGGGUGAAACUUUACAUAUCACAGCAGGAGUAGACGGAUUUUUUGUGAAUAGGUCGACUAUAAAAAAUUUUGACUUCAAUCCUCGAACGGAGCUUCAACUAUAUCAUGCACAUUCUCUUAUUACACUUCUUCAAGGGCUUUCUCCUUCAUUUCGUACUAAUUUUAAAAUCUUGCAAGACUUUAUUGGUGCACACCAUCCAUUCGAGACCAUACCUGUUAAUACUUGUUUUCCUGCCUAUCCAUGGAUUGCUAGGCAAUCCAAACAUAUUUAUGAUAUGGGUCGUGCAACUGAAAUAUAUUUGAAUUUCGGUAUGGACGCCGUUGACUCGCUCCGAGACUGGAAUGAUGAGUUUCAAUCUCAACGUGAAUACCCAAGGGUCGAGUUAAGAGAUCGGGUGUUACGCGAAAGGCUCAUUAAUAAAAUUCAGGCCGAUUUCACAGAGAGUGCUGUCAAGGGUGCCAUUGCUGUUAUUAACGGGACAUUUUCAAAACUUGGUGGGAACGAUGCUGCACAUGUAGCCACUGGAAAAGACAUGGAAGGAAUACGAACUGUGAAUUCUAUUGACGUAGAAGGGUUAUAUACACUUGGUUGUGUUGUUAUAGAUUAUAAGGGUGUCCGCAUAGUUGCGCAAACUAUUGUACCAGGAAUUUUCAGGCGUCAAGAUGAUUCUUCUAUUGUAUACGGUUAUUUUGACAAUGGACGUGACGAUCCGAAAUUAUGUGCUAAUGCGGAGUUCCACGAAAUAGUGGGAAAAGCUGCAAAGGCACUUCAUCUUGAAGAACACAGCGUUUGUGAUGCAAAAGGAACAACAGUUAAACUUUACACUUCUUUGGAAACAAAGGGCUUGAUGGGUGAUGAUGGACGGCGGUAUUUGUUCGAUCUGUAUCGUCUUAAUCCGGUCGAUAUAGAAUUUAUAGAAAAAGAGUGCGAGCUUAAGGAAGGGAGCGAUAUUCCCAUCUAUCCUCACAGAUUGGCGCUGCUUAGACCAGAAUUGAUAGAAUCAUAUUGGGAUUAUAGAUUCCGGUUGUGGUUGCAAGAUAAAGCCAAAGAAAAAGAGGCUGGCGAUUCGACUAAGGAAGCAACAAUCACAGAAUCUGAUGAGUUUAAUUUAGCUUUUAAUCCAGAUGCAUUUACAAAUUUUAAUACACCGACGGGAGAUGAGCACGCAGCACGCAAGGCUGCUGAUGAAGAAAAUGUGCGGAAUGCAUCAAAAUAUUUGAGAGAUACGGUUAUUCGGAUUAAUAAAAACCUUGAAUAUGAUUACCUAACCCUUACACCAUCGUCACUUUGCCAACAAAUUCGCGAAACGGUACUAAUACGUUACCGUUAUCGACUUCCCGAAGAUUUCAUUAAUGUUCACGUUCGCAAAUUACCAUUGCUUAGAGAGAUAUGUCUACGAGUGGGUGUACAAAUUGCAGCUCAAGGAUAUAAUUUUCUGAAAAAGAAGUCCAAAAAGAGGGUUACUACAUUUGUACCUGAUGACAUACUGAACCUUAUCCCAACAAUCAAGCAAGCAACACCCAAAGUAAAAUUAGGAGGAACUUUACGCCUCAAGUAUAUGCGACAUGCCAUGUAUUAUUGGGAGAUCAUCUUUGGAAAUUUGCAUCCUGAUGGAGCUACGGCAGAUCAUAAUGUUGGAAUUAUGCUUCAAAACAUGAAAGAUUACGAAGGUAGCAUAAAAUUCUUUGAACGAGCCAAGAAUACAAAUGAAUUUGUCUUUGGAAAAAAUAACGUCGUAACUGGAGAAUCCUAUCAUCUCCUUGCCAAAGCUCUUGCAUAUGCGGAGGAUUACAAAGCUGCAUUGAUUGCCGAAAA